AUGAUGUGGGGUGCAGGACGCUCCAUGGCCUGGUUCUCAGCGGGCUCAGGUGGUGUGAAUGUGAGCAGCGUGGACCCAGCAGAGGAACCCACAGGCCCAGCCACACUGCUGCCCUCUCCCAAGGCCUGGGACGUGGUGCUGUGCAUCUCAGGCACCCUGGUGUCCUGUGAGAACGCACUGGUGGUGGCCAUCAUUGUAGGCACUCCUGCCUUCCGUGCCCCCAUGUUCCUGCUGGUGGGUAGCCUGGCCGUAGCAGACCUGCUGGCAGGCCUGGGUCUGGUCCUGCACUUUGCGGCUGACUUCUGCAUUGGUUCACCAGAGAUGAGCUUGGUGCUGGUUGGCGUGCUAGCGAUGGCCUUUACUGCCAGCAUUGGCAGCCUGCUGGCCAUCACCGUUGACCGCUACCUUUCCCUGUACAACGCCCUCACCUACUACUCAGAGACAACAGUAACUCGGACCUACGUGAUGCUGGCCUUGGUGUGGGUGGGUGCCCUGGGCCUGGGGCUGGUUCCCGUGCUGGCCUGGAACUGCCGGGAUGGCCUGACCACGUGUGGUGUGGUCUAUCCACUCUCCAAGAACCAUCUGGUGGUUCUGGCCAUCGCCUUUUUCAUGGUCUUUGGCAUCAUGCUACAGCUCUAUGCCCAGAUCUGCCGCAUUGUCUGCCGCCAUGCCCAGCAGAUUGCCCUCCAACGACACCUGCUGCCUGCCUCUCACUACGUGGCCACCCGCAAGGGUAUCGCCACAUUGGCCGUGGUGCUUGGCGCCUUUGCUGCCUGUUGGUUGCCCUUCACUGUCUACUGCCUCCUGGGAGAUGCCGACUCUCCUCCUCUCUACACCUAUCUUACCCUGCUCCCUGCCACCUACAACUCCAUGAUCAACCCGGUCAUCUACGCCUUCCGCAAUCAAGACGUGCAGAAGGUGUUGUGGGCCAUCUGCUGCUGCUGCUCCACUUCCAAGAUUACGUUCCGGUCCCGGUCCCCUAGUGAUGUCUAG